CUUUUGCUAUUUCUCUUUUUCUCUCUUGCUGUGCAGCUUCUGAAAGGGUUCAGCUGACAAUUGAACUUCCAUUAGUCUUUGAAGUUAAUCUUUCGCAUGAUCUACUAUUCUCAAGUCUACCUACAUUUGUUUUGGACUUCCUCCUCUUCUACUUCUAGAUCUUUACCUGGGACCCAAGGAAAGGAGUCACAUAUCGGUCCACGCCUAAUAUGACGCGGUCUUCGUCAACCAGUCAGGAUGGUAAUCGACCUCCCAUCGGCUCAGAAUCGACAGCCAAAGCCGACACCAAUAGCCCAUUUUCUGCGCUGUUUUGUUGGAGAAAACCGCGCCCAGUCAACGCCCAUGUAGAUGAGCGGACCCCCUUACUGGGAUCGAACCCACCGGUAUCACCAUCAACGUCAUCAUGGUGGAAAACGGUGCAGGAUUCAGGGCGCGAACUCUGGCUCCAGGGUAAGGGGAUGAUCCUUGUCCUGCUGGCGCAGUUCUUCGGCGCUUCCAUGAAUGUCAUGACUCAAAUUCUGGAGAUCAAAGGGAGAAAUGGGGAAGGAUUUCAUCCCUUUCAGAUCUUGUUCGCCCGCAUGUCCAUCACGGUGGUAGUCAGUUAUCUGUACAUGUGGUAUACCAAAGUCCCUCAUCCCUUGGGCACCCGCCCUGUACUUCAUCUGCUGCUGCUUCGCGCAGCCGGUGGCUUUUUUGGCGUUUAUGGGCUGUAUUAUUCUGUCCAAUACCUACCACUGUCCGAGGCGACAGUGUUAACUUUCUUAGCGCCUAUCCUUACCUGCUACGCCUGCUCUCUCUUCAUCCCCAACGAAACUUUCACCCGCAAGCAACAACUUGCCGGCGUAGUAUCGCUAGUGGGAGUGGUGCUGAUCGCACGGCCUCUCUCGGUUUUCUCAACAUCCCCCGAGGCGGGCAAUGGUAAACAGCCCCAUUCUGCAGACGAAUACCAACAUAUCCUGGCUAUUGCCACGGCGCUCAUGGGCGUCAUGGGGGCAUCUUGCGCGUACUCGUCCAUCCGAAUGAUCGGACAGCGCUGCCACCCGCUUGUGUCGGUUACCUAUUUUUCCUUGUUCACGACCAUAGUGUCGACCGUAGCCAUUCUGGCGAUGCCUUCCAUUGCUCUGGAGCUACCAGGGACCCUAUUAGAAUGGACCCUGCUCUUGGGUUUGGGAGUUUGUGGGUUUCUCCUCCAAUUCCUCUUGACUGCAGGCCUGUCCUAUGCUCCUCCACCGAGGAGAUCAUACACAUCAACGGGUAACGAGAGCGAUGAGCCUAAGGCAUCAUCGCACAGCUCGUCCGGAUCGCGGGCCACGUCCAUGAUUUACAUGCAGAUGGUCUUUGCGUUGAUUUAUGACCGCGUUAUUUGGGGGAGCACCCUUUCUCUCUUGAGUUGGAUGGGAUCCGGUCUGAUCUUAGGAAGCGCCAUCUAUGUGGCAGUCGUCCGGGAGGCGCCCGCUGCUGCUAGGGACGAUGACGAGGAAACCGAGUAAAUAAGGACGAAGGUUAUGAAAUUGGUCGCACGACGACGUCACGACUUGCAUGAGCGGAGGAAUGAAUGCCUGGAGUAAGGGCGAGGGGGAGGGAAAAGAAAGAAAAAACGACUAAUGCAUGAUGGAGCCGACGAGGCAAGAGACACGACGAUCUGAGGGAUUUGACAGCAAGCGAAGAUUCCUUCUCUGCGACAACAGCGCGAAUUUCCUAGUAAAUUUGAUUUUGAUAUAUACUACUGUAGUAGACUAUAUACUACUCUCGUAGAUGGACAUGAUUGAUCUAUUUGAACUAAAUUGAAUCAUAGGUUGUGGUUGUGUCUGCGAUUGUAAACAUAGUAGAAGAAUUCAAGGUGGAAAGAAAAGCGCGCUUAGGUCAAGUUGCAGGCAGUGCGUGGAGAUCCCGACAAGUGGUGUUGGUCCGUGCUUUCCUGGAGAACAGUGCUCCGUAGUUUUUGCCCCUGGGGUACCUUGGUUCCUUUUUUUUUUUAUUUUUCCCCUUU